AUGCAAGGGGUUCGCUAUCGCCCAGAACUUCUGGAAGGUCUUCCAGAAGAAAUCACUACAGAACUCAAGAAAUAUGAGGAUUGGUUCUUGCUUGAGCCACCCAAAUUGAAGGCAAUCACAGAUCACUUUACUCGGGAGCUGGAGAAAGGUCUUACCGUUGAGGGUGGAUCUAUUCCUAUGAACGUCACAUGGAUCAUGAGAUACCCAACAGGCCAGGAAAAAGGACGCAUUCUCACAGUUGACCUGGGAGGAACCAAUCUCCGUGUAUGUGAGGUCUGUCUUUCCGCCGGCAAGAGAGACUUCGAGCAACGCCAGAGGAAAUACAAGCUUCCGGGGGAAGUCAAGACAACCACAAAAGAAGGCCUGUGGAGUUUUAUUGCGGACCGAAUCGAGUCGUUCCUCACUGAAAGUGAGAGUGAUAUCAGUGCUUCAAACCCACUACCAAUGGCGUUCACAUUCUCGUUCCCAGUGGAGCAAAAGUCCAUCCGCAGUGGCGUUCUGCAGCGCUGGACCAAAAACUUCAAUGUUUCCGGAGUGGUAGGACAUGAUGUAGUACCUCAACUGGAAGAGGAACUUGCAAAAAGGAACGCCCCAGUGAAACUGGUUGCCCUCAUCAAUGACACAGCGGGGACCCUUGUCGCAUCACGUUACCGGGAUCCGCGGGUAAAGAUUGGCAGCAUUUUUAGCACUGGCUGUAAUGCAGCGUAUAUGGAAGAAUGUCGGUUGAUCCCCAAGUUGCGUAAUUCAGGACUGCCCGAAGAUGCAACUGUAAUCAUCAACACGGAGUACGGCUCCUUUGAUAACGAGCGUAAGGUGCUGCCCGUGACUCCAUUUGAUCGCCAGAUCGACGAGGAAUCUGCCAAUCCAGGCAAGCAGAUCUAUGAGAAAAUGGUGUCUGGUUUGUACAUAGGAGAGAUGCUGCGCCUGGUGAUGCUGAAAAUGCAUGAGGAGGGCAUACUGUUCAAGGGCCAAGAUGUCUCGCGUCUUCGUGUCGUGAACUCAUUGGAGACAUCGUUUCUGUCUGCUGCCGAGAUGGACAUGUCACAAAGUCUGACCGAAAUGAGAGAGGUGUUCAAAGGGAGCCUCAAUCUGGAACCCUCGUUAGACGAACUGAAGGCGUCUCGUCAUCUUAUUGGCCUGAUCGCGAUGCGUGCAGCGCGUCUCUACGCGUGUGGGAUUGCCGCCAUCUGCAAGAAGAAAGGGAUCCAUCAAUGUCACGUUGGGGUUGAUGGUUCGGUGUUCAGUAAAUAUAGUAUGUUGAAGGAACGGGCAAACCAGGGUCUUCGUGAUAUUUUUGAUUGGGAAUCAGGCAGAUUGGACUUGAUUGCUCUAAACGAAGCCGAGGAUGGGUCUGGAGUAGGAGCAGCUUUGGUUGCGAGUUUGACCCUUGACCCAAGUGAGCUAAAAGAUUGUAACAUGGAGAUGUAA